AUGACUGCUGUUGCUGAAAUCGAGCAUGUCCCUGCACCUUGGAAUCUCAAAGGUACUGCCUAUAUUCUGACUUAUUGGUCGUCCACCGAUGCUGAAGGCAAGUUGCCUUCGAUGGCGUACUCCCCGCUGGAGUACGCAUCCCCCUACGCGUCGCUAGAUAAUGGUCGCCCUCUUGGGGGUAUCAGCAUGCUCCAGCUUAUACGUUACACUGAAUCACCAGUCGGGCCCUAUGACGAAUUCAUCAUCAGCCCCGGGAAGCAUGAGUACGAGGUGGAGGAAAAUGGCAAGACGGUCAAGGCAAGCCACCAUCGGAUUACGCGAAUUUACGUGUCGCAGAAAUACACCUGCUGGAAUGGAAGAACCAACUGGAAUAUUCCAAAGCACCUCGCCAAGUUUGACUGGAACACUGCAUCGAACGGCGAGGUGUCGGUCAAGGUCUAUCCUCACGACACCGGUGAUGACCCCUCCGAAGCGAAUCCUUCAGAAGCUCCUUUCUUCCAGGCGACCUUCAAGAAGGUCCCACUCCUCCCUUCCUUUCCUCUAUCUCUUAGUAUCCUCAAGUAUCUGGGUCAAGAUCCAAAGCUCGUGCAACCGCCUUUACCCCAAGGAAAUGGUAGCCAGUCUGAGCUGCCCGGAACUGACCAGUGGUCCUCUGUUGACCCGGGCCAGUCCUCGCCGAAAACAAGUCUGGGUUGGUUUGAUAUCAAGCAAUCCGAAGAGAGCAGUAAUGAGAACUUUUGGCCGGGACUUGGUCGGUGGCAACUCGGAUUUGUAAUGGAGAACUCUGACAUCAAUUUUCCGGAAGGGACGUAUUGGGAUUCUCCAACUUUGAAGAAAUAA